AUCUAAUCGAUCAACGUUAACUCUGACCCGACUUUGAUCACAUCGUUUCAACCUCUCUUAAUAUUCUUCUAUCGCAACAAUGACAGAGCUGAAUGAAUCCGAGCUCAACAAGCCAGGUGGUGUUGAGGGUUCUGGCCAAGUAGGGAUACAAGGGAUGGAGAUGUUGGAAGGCAGCAUUAUCGAGGCUUUCAAAGAGAGCGUGGAGCGCUCCGAUCCUCAACAUGCUGAUAAUCGCAACGAUGUCACUCAGGGCAUCCAUGGCCAUCUACAUCACUUUGCGGCUGGCCAUCACGUCUGGUUGAACAAAUUCGUGCCUCAGCUGCAAUCUCUUGCAGCCAAGUACCACGUUGGCAACUACGUCGCAAUUAGAGGCACCAAUCGGCGAAUUUUUGAAAGCAUGCCGAUAUAUGCACGUUUGGGCAUGCAUAUCUUAUUUUAUGGAAGGGAGCAGGUCAAGCUCUUGGAAGGAAGCAAGCGCAUCGAGGCACUUCUGAUGGAGCAGAGCAAGCGUGAGGGGCAGAUCUACGACUCGCCCGAGUCUAGAAGUCACAUCCCGUCAUUCAUUCAGACCUACAACAUCGACACAAACGAGCUGUUAUAUCCUCCCGAUAGCCCAGCAUACAAGAAUUUCAAUGACUUCUUCUACCGGAAACUUAAGCCUGGAGCCCGCCCUGUGCAGAACCCUGAUCAUGAAUUCUGCAGUGCCGCGGACUGCCGGCUUGUCGUAUACCCUGCGAUACACGAUGCGCAGACUUUUUGGAUCAAGGGGGACGAGUUCACAGUCCCUGCCCUCCUAGGGCUAGACAAAUCCGAUCCGCUCUGCCGGGCGCUGGAAGGCGGCUCUCUCGCAUCAUUCCGCCUUGCGCCAUCAGACUAUCACCGCUUCCACUCGCUUGCGGAUGUCACUGUCAUCGGUGAACCAAGGGAUAUUCCUGGACAGUAUUUCACAGUCAACCCGCAGGCAGUCAACGAGAAAAAUCUUGAUGUACUGUCUGCCAACAAGAGAUCGGUUCUCCUUCUAAACCAUGACGCGACGAAUAAGAAGAUCGCAUUCGUUGCAGUCGGCGCCUUGCUCGUUGGAAGCAUCCAGUGGACCGUUUCGGCGGGUUCCAAGGUUCGGCGUGGAGAAGAACUUGGGUACUUCGCAUACGGAGGUAGCACUGUCGUUGCUAUCCUCGAGCCGGGGAUGGCCGAAUGGGAUUCCGAUCUUGUGGCCAACUCUUCGCCCCGGACGCCGGGUAAACUUGGAACCGAGACUCUGAUGAAAGUUGGCUGGUCUAUUGGGAAGGCACCAAGGAAGUAAACAGAAACUGCUAUAAAAUCAGUAUCUCUUAAACUUGAAUGUAAGCGCAUUCUAUUUUCCCAAUCAUGUAUCAUCAUAGCUUUUGAACUAUUUAAAUACGUACAUAAUCAAACGAGUCUGCUCGCAAAUCCAUCUCACCAAGGACCA